GUUGGAGUUAUUCUUCAUCCGUUGACAUAUGGUGACUAUCCAGAAGAACUAAUACAAAGAGUUUACCAAAACAGCGAUCGUCUCAAUAUCUCAAAUAUUCGUCUUCCAGAGUUUUCACCCGCAGAAAAACAACUCAUUACAAGUAUAUAAUAUACUUUAUGAUUAUGUAGUAUUAAGUUAGAUUAAUAUUGAUAUGCAUAAUAUGCUUGAUAAUACGAUAUAUUUAUAAAUUGUAUUCGAAAAUAGUUUUAAAAGAUAAAAAGAAAAAUUUCGGUAAACCGGAGGUACUGGAGUUGCCGUAGUUCAACUGCAGAAGCAUGUAGAAGUUCAGAAAGUAGGUUACAUAGAGUUAUUAUAUUUAUGUUUAUAUUUGACGAUAAACCGUUCCUAAUGAAAUACGAUUCUGAACGAAUUACGGUUUUACUUGUUUUAAUCCGUACAUUUUAGAAUUUCUGUUUUAAUUUGAUUUCAAAAGACUUAAGGAAAAAAUAAUGAAAGCAAAGCUCACUUGUUGUAGUCUUUUGAUUGGAACACAUAUCUUAGUAAAACCAAUACAUUACAUCCUCUGCCGUCAAGAUACUUACUGUAACAUUAUAAAACGUGUUUAGCUCAAUUUUUCAAAAACUACUUUUGAUUAGGUAUCUAGUCACCUAUUCUAUAUUAGGUGAUUUUGCUCAUUGGAACAUGAUAGGGCCUUGUAGGGCCGCAUAUUUUUCCAAUGUGCUGGUGUACUUUAUUUUAUAAUUUUCAAUUUGGAAACGUUAUGGUUUUCAUAAACUAGAACAAUACAAAGCUCCAAAGGCUUCGGGCUUCGUAAAGCAAUCGGUUGAUAUGGGCCGGGAUAAGCUUAAAAACUUUGGCCCAUGUGGAGCUCUAUACUCUGUCCAACUUAAGAGUAUUCCAGUUUACGUAUAAUUUGGUAAUUUGCUACUGCGGUCGUGUAUUCAUCGAGUUUUGAUAUCUAUUAUACCUAUUGCCAAAUAAAGAGUAAUAAACACGCAUACCAAUACUGUUUCAGUGAAAUUAAAAGGGAAGAUAGAAAAUCACAAUACUUAAAACGUAAAUUUUAGCGAUUAUUUAAAUUGAAAGAGAACGUUUGUGCGAGAAAAUACGUGUACGCGGUAGGGCCGUUAAAAGAAAAUGUUAUCGAUAUUUUGUUCUCUAUGGAUGUCUUAUAUCAUGUGUAUUGACCGUGGGGAGAUAAUUGUCGGGUGAGUGGGUGAAACAGUACCGGUAACCGAGAGUCGGAACACAUGCGCUAAAAUGAAAAUGUUUUCGUCCGCCGCCGGCUAUAGUCUUAGGUUUGACAGGGUAUAAUAAUAUACUAAUAAUAUACUAUAUAAAGGGAUAUUCAUGUUACUCCUUUUUUAAUUUUGUAUUUUUCACGUACAGAUUCCUACGAUUUCAUUUCAUUAAAUCAUUAUAUGUCAUUUGAGGUGACUGAUUUGCCUGAAAACGAAAGGGAAGGAAAAAGCGUCAGUGAUCUUGACGCAAACAUACAGAAAAAUAUUAUAAAGAGCGAUGAUGAAUUAAAAAAUAGAUCAUGGAUCAAGGUAAAAAUAGACUAAUAAUUACGGUAUAUAAAUGGAUAUUAUUAAUUUGGAUAGAUGAUAAGAUGAUAGAUAGAUAGUGUUUUACGAUACUACUUAUAAUUGAUAAAUCUUUGUGGUUAAGUUAGUACGCGACUCAUGUUGGUUGUCAGUAAUAAUAUUUUAUAACAAUAUUUUUAUCAUAAUUUGCAAGUUUUACGAGUUUUAUAAGCUUGUAGGCAAAUCGUUUUGCUAUUUUGUACUUUAAGUUGCAUCGGCUAAUUCGUCGAGAACAUGAAAUAUGACGGGUAUAUCUCUAACAUAAUACAUUUUAAGUUUUUGAAAUAAUGUCCGGAAUAGUUUUAUUUAUUUUUCAAUUUCAUUUAAAAUUUCUUUUUUGUUUUUAUAAUGUUUCAUUACAUUUUCAGAGUGUACCGGAAGGAAUGAGUUUGAUUUUAAAAUGGAUCCAUGAAACANCAGAACCGGGUGAAAUUGAUUUUUCCAUGAAAAAAUUAGACUACCAUUAUGUUAGUAAAAAAUUACAUUUUAAUAUGCUCGUUUUUAUAAUUUGAAAUGUAUAAAUUAAUGUUAUUGAUUAUUUUUUAGGGCCAUCUCAAUCACACACUCAUAGCAAUAAAUCAGUACAAUGUUAAUGUCAUAGGAUAUUGCGCUUGGUCUCUUAUGGAUUCGUUGGAAUGGUUAAACGGUUACAGGUACCUAUGUGCUUACAAAUUUCUAUAUAAAUACUGCAGUAGGUUUUCGUCGGGUUCAUGGGAAUUUAUGUUUGUAUUUUGCAUUGUUCCAAAUAAACAUUGUUAAUUUGCAUUAAUUCGAUAAGUACCACAUACGUAUAAUUGUAAAUUGUAGUGCUUUUAUGCUGAAACGUCUGAAUUUUCUUGGGGUUAUACUUUAUGGAGGUUAUUUUAAAAUUUUCUCAGGAGUUUGCUUAUCAAAUGUGAAAAAUUGAAAAAGAAUGUUAAAAAAUGGUAAAUGAAAAAAAUUUAUUAUAUUUAUAAAAUAUUACCAUUUUUUUUUUGUGGACAACUUUUCUACUUUUAAUUUUACUCUGAUUUAAAAUGACUGCACAUUUUCUAAAAGUAAAUUUGACCAGGGAGGUACCUAAAAGAGGUCAUUUUUCGAUUUGCACAGGAGUUUUACCAGAAAAUGAGAAAAACCGGGGAAAAACAUGGGAAUACCAGAAAAAACGGGAAAAUCGGUACAAUGUUAAAUAAUUACUAAAGAAAAAAUAUAUAUUGCCUUUAAUACUUUUACCAUAAUAUGACAAAUAUUGUUGGCAAAGCAUCACUGUCAACUGAACUCCCCUCAGAAUCGUUUUUUCGUUAGCAAUGUUUUAUCGUUAAUCACAGAUAUACAUUAAAUUUCCUUCAGUAUCCUACCUUCCUAAAUUCUCAUCAUUAACAGUAGCUGGACCAACCGUGCGAAGUAAUUCCAGCAUUUUAAUAAUUAAUUGUUUUUAUUUUUUUUAGUUUAAGAUAUGGAAUUUACCAUGUGGAUUUUAACGACGACAAUAGGCCGCGGACACAGAAGAAAUCGACUUUGUGGUUCAGAGAGGUGUACACAAAUCGCACACUGGUUCCACCUUUUCUAUCGAAUAGCAGCGGUGAAAAGUGUUAA